CCAGGCACACACAGAGACAGAGAGAGAGAGAGAGAGAGAGAGAGAGAGAGAGAGAAUAUUUAGAGGGACAUACAGUAACCCAUCCAUUGACGCACAAACUCCUUGAAUUCUUCCCAUUCAUCUGAACUGAACUCUUCAGCAAAAAAUCACUGCUGACAAGUGAAUAUCUGCGCAUUCCGAUCUGCUGUGAGAAGGACCCGCAUUUAAAGCCCCGUGUUUCCCAGUAUUUAAAACACGUGGAUUAACGGUUUUACGGAAACGAUCAUAAUCUAUAAUAUGAUUCCAGAUGAAGGCGGAUUAGGAGAGAAGCUCCACUACCGUUCCAAGCUCAGGAUCAUAAGAUCCCUAAAUUUACCCUUUUGCGUAUUUUAAUUUUUUAAGUAUUUUCUACAAAAGGUAUUGACAUGUCCGCAUAUCAUAUGCAAUUAAUUUAACAAAAAAGUAUUAAAACUGCGCAUUCAUUGCCUCUUCGAACGGUCAGGCUGAAAUGCAUAAAAAGUUAAUGCCCAAUUAAUGCCUAAAUAUUAUGAACGCCAUUAAAUGCGUUGAACGCAACAAUAUGUCACACUGUCCUUUUAUUCCCCCAUCAUCUGUCCUCGUGGCAGGAGGAAAGGAACGGAAAAGCCGCUCUUAACAUACAUUUGAAGUAAGUUUAUCUCUUUAUUUUCAUAAUAAAACCUAAGUGUAUGGAGAAUUCGGAGCGCUGUACACAUUGAAUCCCCAACCCGGUUCCGUCCACUGUAAAUCUGAAUUAAAUACCCGACCCCAGUCACCUGGAAUGCGGUGUUUUAUGGGAAACAAUUUUACUAAAUAAAUCACGAAUAAGUUGCACAUGGAUUGAAAAGCCUUAAUACAGAAUAAUUCACCUAUCAGUAAAUGACCAUUGCAGUAGUUUGCAGUCAAGAUAAACAGGGCACUGGCCUCAUGUUUCGAGGUUUAUAUAAGACAGAGGUGGUUUCGGAAAUUACAUAAUCAAAAUUGAACAUUUCAAACUAAAUGUACAAAUUUAAAGGGGAAUGCAAUGCAGAGCUGGACACUGUGUUAGCACCAUCGCUGCAAAAACGGUUAAUAGUUAAUAAAUGUGCACUAACUCCUUAUAACACAAUUCAAAGAUGCCUUUUUUUAUGUCUUAUUAAACUCAUACUGCUGUCUACCACUCCCAAAAUACUACAUUAUUUACAGACAUAUUCAGUGUAUUUAAUGUAUAUUUUGUUGCGUCGUGUGUCCAUGCAUGCUUUCAAAUCAAACAGGCAGUUAAUUUAUGCAUUCGCGAAUAACGCCGGAUCCUUAAACAUAAAAUUUAUGAGAAAUACUGUGGCAUUUUAACUUUUCUAAAUAUGCACGGUGUACGCUGGGGUGGAAUAAAAAAGCAGUCAGUUUAAUUACAACAAUCAGCCACUGUACAAUCAAUGCUAAAAUAUUAAAUCAUGCAGGUGAUCAUAUAAGGAGGCUCGUUACAAAAUGUAACCAUUUCAUUUUAUCAUAGGUAACAGAUCGUGGUGUCUCACGCCUCCGCGGCCGGUGCCUCCGCUGCGGUCACGUCCCACCCGGUGACUCUCCAGAGGAGGGCGAGGCAGGAGAGGCGGGAGGCAGGGGAUCAGAGGCAGGAGAGGAAGGGGGGGAUAGAGGCAAGAUGGGCAGGAUUAAAGAGACGCGGGAGACAGGCGAGGCUGGGCUACACAGGCACGCAGACGAGAGACAGGAGGAGAAGAAGGGGAGGCUGGAGGUACGGGGAACAGAGGCAGUGCACCUGUCUUCCUGAGUUCUGCGGUCCGACGGUGACUACAAAUCCCGUGCGCCAUUGCGCGCUCCUCUCCCCCUCCCCCCUCGGCUGGCUCCGCGCGCCCUCCUGCGCUCCGCGCUCUGCGCCAGUCUACUCGAGGAACCAGCUCGCUUCGGCCUUUUUUUUUUUUUUUUUUUUCCUGCCUUCUCACUGUUGCCUGGUGUCAACCUACGCCGAGGACACACAACGUCCCGCCCUCCUCACCCCUCGGAACCCGCUUCCCAUUUGCCCUCGUCUCCGCCAUCUCCGCCCCCAUUGGCUCAGCGCGCCGUCACUCAGGCGCGUCUCCCCCGAGCUGGGGGGAGUUGAGUAGCAACAGCUCGGAAACAUCUGGCCGCCGCAGCUCGCCUCUCUCUCCGCGCGCUCGCCUCGCGCCGUCUCUUCAGCCGCCGCAGGUUGUUAUGGGGAGCCGCUGAAAGUCGGUCGAGUUGUGUCUGUAUCCCGCCCGGAGCGUUUGACGGGAGCCCGGUGCCCGCAAGUGCCUUGAACGCGUCUGUCUUUCUCAGAAGGAAGGAGAUGAGAGAGGGGGGCACGGCGGACGGCCGGGCUUGUCGCGGAGAAGUGACAAAGUGAGGCUCCUUUCGGCCGCCGUUACGCCGCGUGAGACCCGAGAGACCCGAGCGGUUCCAUGUUAGACACGCAGCGGCCGUCCGGGGUGUGUGAGCGCGGCGCCGGGGCCUGCGCGGGAGCGCGCGCGACUGCAGGUUAUGAAGACAGCAUGGAGUUCCCAGACCACAGCAGACAUUUGCUACAGUGUCUGAGUGAGCAGAGGCACCAGGGCUUUCUCUGCGACUCCACGGUGCUGGUCGGCGAUGCCCAGUUCCGGGCCCAUCGCGCCGUGCUUGCCUCAUGCAGCAUGUACUUUCACCUCUUUUACAAGGACCAGCUGGAUAAAAGGGACAUUGUCCACUUGAACAGCGACAUCGUGACGGCCCCGGCGUUUGCGCUCCUGCUCGAGUUUAUGUACGAGGGGAAGCUGCAGUUCAAAGCCCUGCCCGUGGAGGACGUGCUCGCCGCUGCUAGUUACCUUCACAUGUACGACAUCGUCAAGGUCUGCAAGAAGAAGCUGAAGCAGAAGGCCACGGCGGAGGCGGACAGCACCAGGCGGGAGGAAGACGCCUCCAGCUGCUCCGACAAGGCGGAGAGUUUCUCGGAGGGCAGCGCAGAGGCCCCGGCUGCCAGCGACCUGCUACCCAGUGAUGAUGAGGACCCAGAUGCCAAGCGGGACACCCUCCACGAACCGGGGGGCAUGUGGAUGCGGCUGCCGCCGGACCCGGCAGGUACUCCAGCACCUAGGGGUGCCGGCGAAGGCGAGGGGCACGCGACCGAAUCCGGGAAGCCGUCUCCUGCCGGCAGCCCAUGCAGCUCAGCUGGCUCCCUGUCGCGGCGCUCUGUGUGUUCCCGUCGGGUGUCUGCCGAUGCUGACUGCGUUCUGGACCUCUCCGUCCGCUCCGGCUUGGCCGGAGCCCCCGGGGAAGUCGCUGCUGGCAAUCCUUACUUUUGCCCCGCGCCGCCACCGGACGGCCUGCAGGGCGGCGGACUGGUGCAGGUGAAGGUGGAAAAGGAUACGGGCUCUGAUGAUGAGGACCUCGUGGGUGGCGACUAUGAGAUGGACCACAGCGGUGGUGGCGGUGGCAAGGAUCCACCGCCCAGCGCUAACAGCCACGGCAGCCACCGGCGGCUGGGCUACGAGGCGCACCUGUCAGCCCUGCGCGAUGCCUCUCUGCCCAGCGAGCUGGAGCGCGAGGACAAGGCCAGCGAGGAUGAUGAGAUGCUGAGCCCCGAGAGCGAGCGGGCGCAGGCCGAGGCGGCCGGCAUCGACGGCUCCCUGCUGCCCUACGUGUCCAACAUGCUGGCGGCGCCCCACAGCCAGAUCUUCAUGUGCCCCCUGUGCAGCAAGGUCUUCCCCAGCCCUCAUAUCCUCCAGAUCCACCUCAGCACACACUUCCGUGAACAGGAGGGCGUGCGCUCCAAGCCGGCCGGCGAUGUCAACGUGCCCACCUGCAGCAUCUGCGGCAAGACGUUCUCCUGCAUGUACACGCUGAAGCGACACGAGCGGACUCAUUCGGGUGAGAAGCCCUACACCUGCACCACAUGUGGAAAGAGCUUCCAGUACUCGCACAACCUGAGCCGGCAUGCUGUGGUACACACGCGCGAGAAACCGCAUGCCUGCAAGUGGUGCGAGAGGCGCUUCACGCAGUCCGGGGACCUCUACCGCCACAUCCGCAAGUUCCACUGCGAGCUGGUCAACUCGCUCUCCGUGAAGAGCGAAGCCCUCAACCUGCCCAACGUACGGGACUGGGCACUCGAAGACAGCUCGCAGGAACUCUGGAAAUGAACGGCAGAGAAAUCCCGCACCACCACCAUCAAAAAAAAAAAAAAAAAAAAAAAAUUAAAAAAAUAAUAAAUAAACUUUUUGAGUUGUAAAGAAAUCUGAAUUAGAUUUCCUGGCAGAGAGGUAAGGGAAGUGGGCAUUCAGCUGAGGGGGAGGGGGCACAGAGGUAAGGGUCUAAAUCAGUCAUGUUUCUCGUCCUUAUGGCGCAAACCUUGCUAAACUGCACUUUAGUAGCACAUGAAAAUGUUACUGCUGAUUUUUUUUUUUUUCUUUUUUUUCUUUUGUAUUUUCUUGUUAUUUAAUUCUUUAAUUGUAGAUUAUUCCCUUGGAAUUGACUGGAAAUUUUUCAGGUUUUGUACAUAAAAGAAAAAAAAAAACUCAAGAAGUUGGUAUUGAUAACCAAUUUUUUUUCUAUUAACCAGUUUAUGCUUUGUUUCCCUAUCCCUUUUGAGAUCAGAGUAUAUAUACACAUGAGACUUUAUACACUCUUGAACUCUUUGUUGGUAAAUUUAUUUGUAAAUUGCAAAGUCCUUUACACCGUAUGAAGAUUGCAGAUAAAGCUUCGAGAGCAAGAGAAAAAAGAUACGAUUUAAAUACACUAAACGGGUACUGUGAACAUAAAUACAUAACAGUGCGUUCAUACACAUCCACAUGUGUAUGUAUCUGUGUGUAUGCUGUGCACUACUAUAAUUUAAUUAGCAUAUCUCAUAUCUGGUUUGGUUUUGUGUUAUAGUUCUGGAAAGAAGCCUAACGUUAAUGCUGAACGCUUCCAUGACUUAAGCUCUUGUACAUUAUUUUUUUUCUUCAAAUAGGAAACUUGACUGAUGAAAGACUAUAUGGCACUCAUGCAAUGUACAGCAUCCUUUUUUGACAAUAAUUUUAAAUCUUUUUUAUUCUUUAUAAUUAUGAUGAAUCUGUUUUUCUUUUAACUGGAUAGUUAACUGUCAUUGAACAUAUCCCUUGUAAGACUAAAAUAAUCUUAUGUUGGCUGUAUAGAUUUCUGUAGUGAUUUAAGGAGAUACUUUUUGUCUGGAAAUGGGAUAUGUUGUUGCAUGAAGUCCAAGCUGUAUAAUAAAAAUGUGAAUUGCUGUAUUACUGUAAAUUGUAAUUGAUCAAAUACUUGACAGGCUGUGCUAAUGCUCACAGGUUUGGCCUGUUAAAAUAGUAAAUGUUACAGCUACGGAAAAUGCAUGAAUUUGAUUUAUUUUUAAGACUUUUUGUUGUCGUUUUGCAUUUGGAGAGUGUGUUUUUAAAUUAACUUGAUCAUUUUGAUUCCUGAGUAAAGUAGGGUUUUCUUUUUUCCUUCCCCUCCUCUUUAUUAUUAUGUCAUUUCUGAGCUCCUGUGAGCUGCUGCGUGUAAGAAGAAUUAGUACAAGUGCACUGUUGAGUUUCGGUAUGUGUAGAAGUGCGCUGGUUUGCGACCCGUGUCUGACAGAUCGUCAGUAUGGGCAACGUGUUAACACUGAGCUGACCUUUUCAAGAUGCCCGUCUACUUCACGCUCCGCAUUACGAGUCUGUCAGAAGUUUUCGUUCGCAACUGCUGUCUAUAUCAAAACAAGGUCUCGCUAUUUUUAUUUUAAAUCUCAUAUUUAAAAAAGAAAAAAAAAAAAAAAGGUAAGCUGUCUGCUUUGUCGUAAUUUAUUUAUUUAUAUUUUGAUUUGGCACUUGCUACGAACUUGAAACGCUGAGGUCUUUCAGAAAAGCUCACCUCCUCGCGCCUGGAACUGUUUCACUGAAACGACAGAAAAAAUGUGUAAUUUUUUUUUUUUUUUUUUGUCGCACUCCUAUGUGUUUGUAUGUUUCCGUGAGUGUGUGCGAGUUCUGCAGUAUGUUCUCUCACAUGAACUUCUGUGUUUUCCCACAGAGACAGACACACACCUGCCUUUCGAGAGACUUCAUUUGGCAAAAAUAUGUAUUUGGAAUAGCAGGUUUUCCAUUAAGAAACUCCACAGCGCUGAUGGUAACAAACAUCGUUUUGCUCCAAGCCAUUGGAAUGGUCAUCCAAGUGAAUCUGUACAGUAAUAAAUAGUAAUCUUAUAAUUGGAUACAUAUUUUAAAGCAUCUCAUUUGAAAGAAAUGUUUACCUAUAAGAAAAAAAUAAAUUUAAAUGGUGCUAGAAAAAUUGUGUAAAAUGGCUGGAAAUUUCAUUUUGGCUUUCACAUUUUUUCAGUGAGAUACAUAGAAUUUUACAGAGAAUUUCAGACGUCCUGCAGCUGUACAGCCCAGAUUUAUUUAACUUUAUUAUCGGAGGGGGGGGAAAAAAAAAGUCAAACAGAAUGCCUGCUCUGAGCGGAAAGGUGAGGGAUAUAAAGCUUGAGCUCAGAUUGACAUGAUGUCCGUGGGAAUGCAGCAGAGCUGUUGGGGGUGUGGUGACUGGCAUCCGGGCACCGGGGGUUUGUUCCCUCUACGGCGUACGCGACAGUGGCAUCAGCAGGUGGGGAGGGGUUGCGGGCACGCCGUAGCAACGCCGCAUUAACGCCACACAUGGCAAUUAGCAUUUUGCACAGUGACAGUUCUCCCUCUUCUUUGCACUCACCAGUAACCUGUAUGGAACAUCAUGGAAAUAUAUAUCAUCUGUGGUAUAGUUUUUCAUUAUUUUUUAAUGCUUAUUCUUUCUUACUUGACCGCCUUAAACUACUGUAAACUGCUUUUUUUUUUCUUUUAAAGAAGGUUAUUACUGGCAUACAAAUUGUGUAUUACUAUUAUUCCUUAAUAGAAGAAAGCUGUGAAAAAAUGUGUUAAGCAUCUCCAUUUCUCUUUGGUUACUUGAAAACAGGGAAGAUCCAGUGUGUUUAAAUAAAAACAUAAAGUUAAUGUAGGGACAAUGUUUAGAGGCAGGGAAAAUAAUUGUCAGAAAAAGACAAUCACUAUCUGACGAAGCAGAUUUAAUUGAAACAUUUGCUUUUAUUGGUCAUCGUUCUGAGAUGUUGUUUCAUUGACAUUGUUCAUUUUUUUUUUUGAUGUAGAUAUUUAGCUUUGACAAUCAUAGUAUGUUUUAUUUUCUCAAGGGGAGUAAAUUAUGAGGCUGUUUAGUUUUGUACUUUUUGGUGUGCUGUUGGUGAAAUUUUUAAAUUGUGUGCUAACUGCAAUAAAUUAUAAGAAUCUUAAACACUUGCAUGUCAUGUUGUUUUGUUUACUGUCAUGGGGGAAAAUUGUUGAGAAAACGUCUGAGCCAGAGCCACGUAUUGUGAUUCAUAUUCCAUUACUGAAACUUUCUGAAUAUUUAAACAGAAGGGUAAAUCGCAUUCCUGUGCUUCUGUAAUGUCUAUAGCGUAGUAAAAACUGAUACGUUUCAUCCAGUUUUGCCUGCAUUUGUGUAAAAUCAAAACGGGAACGAAGGUGAGGACAAAGAGGUUAUUCUUAAAUGGUAGUGCGGAAAUUCCCCCUUCUAGGUUCCGUUUGUUUUAAAAUAAAAUCUGGUAACCUGAGGAGUCGUCGUAUUUAUGUAUUUACUUGUUUGUUUGCUAACUGUGCGAUGAUGCGCUCUGACCCUGUGCGAAGUGUCGACCGUCAUCAACGCCGGUAACCGUCUGACCAGGCCGCAGAAGUGCUGGUUUGGUGUAAGCGAUCGUAAACUGAGCUCAAGUGGGAAUCCCGUCUCCGUUCAGUUUAGGAUAAAACAUGGUAAAAUUUGGGUGAAACGCCACAAGCCACCCAUGCGAGUUUGGCCGAAGAAGCGAGUAAAACCCCUCGCCGUUUCUCAGUGACACGUCCACAGCUUCCAAAGUGUCCCCGGGGUCACAGGUACGAGACUCUGAAGCCGCUCUUUGUUCACACGUUCACAAUUUUCAUAUAGAUGCAGAUUAAAAUUGGUGCGUCUUAAAGUUUUCUGUUUCCUAAGGGCCAAUGAGAUCAUCGGUAACAUUAAUGCGACCGGACUUGGACGAUAAGCAACUUGACAAUAACUGCGUUUGAUGUAUUUUGAGAAAAACAAAACUGUCAUAAUUUACAUAUUUCAAAUUUAGCAGCGUGACCUCAUUGGCUCGAAAGGGGAUGUUUAGCGACACGACACACCAGCUAUACAUAAAAAAACAAAUUUGAUUACGGCUCCUUGGUGCAUGCGGGGGGGGGGGGGCAUCUUGCCA